CAUCGUUUUGAUUUAAAAUUGAGUAAUAAAAUUAAAAAAUGGUAAGACGCUGUUGCGUAAAAUCUUGUGAGAGUCGCGACUUAAAGAAGGAAAGAGAGAAAAGUGGGAAAAUAUUUUAAGUACAAACAUAAGUGCAGCCGCUUACGUUUGUGAAAAACAUUUUCACGAAAAUGAUAUUAAAAAAGGUGAAGUUGUGCGCGAUGCUGAUGGAUUUAUUAUGUAUUGUUGUCACUUUUCGUCAAAACGACUGGUCAAAGGAGCUUUUCCUUGCAGUCAUGAUAAUUCCGAUUGUGAAGAGGAGUUUCCAUGUAGUAAAAGGUUUAAAAGUGAUGUGGAUGAAUGUUUCUCAGAAAAUCUUUUAGAAGAAAAUAUGAAUAUAGACGAUUUACCCUGUAAUAAAAGUGAAAUACAGGAAGAAUUAAUUAAUAGUAGCCUAAAGCCCGAAGAUCCUAAUGUCAACAAUACAGUUCCUAUAAUCAGUUUAUAUGAAGAUUUAGUACAAAAUUUAGGAAAUUUAAAGCUGCCAAGGGAUGAAUGGGGAACAACGCACUGCAAGCAAACCAAAUUACCACUAAACAGGUAACGGUUAAUGGUGAAUCUGAGGUGCAUUUGAUAUUCUUAGGACAAAGUCUUGAAUUGGAUUGCGUAAAAAACAAACCAUCAAGUUUCAAGGAGUUUGAAAAAUUACUUUUUGAAAUAGAUAAAUUGGAAACUUGUGUAGGAGGUCCCGGCAGUCAUAUGUAUAAAAAUAUUCAUCCUGAGUGUGCACAACGAGAUGGAGUAACAUGGAGGCAUAACAAAUGUCCAAAAGUUAUGGACAACGGAACCGUAUGCUCUUAUUGUCUUUCAUUAUAUCAAUUAUUACCUCAAAAUUUGAAAAGGCAAGACAAAUCAAAAAUAAGAGUUAGAGUACCAGGAACACCGACAACACGAAAUAAAAUCAGACUAUCAAUAAAAAGGCAGCAAGUUGUAAAACAAAGACUCACUAGGAAAGAAAAAAAGCUUGAAGAAUUACAGAUAGAACUGAGUGAAGUACAAGAUCGGUUGAAUGUAAUGGAAGAAUCGAGUUUUGCAGAGAAGCUUAGAAGUUGUUCGGAAAAACUUCCUGCAAAUCAGGUAAACAUAAAAUUUUGGUGAAAAGAAUAUGGGAUUUUUAUUUUUAACGCAGAUGGAAUAUCUCGAUCAAUUUUAUUAUUCUAUUAAAAAUUUAUUUUUACAACUGUUUUG